GAGAAAAUACGGAUACUUUGCUUCCUACAUUUCGUGCUAACUUGAAACAGGUAAAAACAACCAUGGGUUCAUCAAAAAAGCAUAAACGAGAUUCUAAAAAGCAUAAACGUCGUUCGCGUUCACGUAGCCGCUCACCACGGUUCGAGCGUCCGGAACGUGACCAUCGUCGUCGUUCUGAUUCCUACUCCGAGGAUAACGAUACCUACAGCCAAGAUGCGGCCCGCAGGCACAAGAAACACAAGCGUGAGCACAGCGAGCAUAGACAUCAUCACAGUCGGAACUAUGAGCGCGAACAUCGCACCCAGCGUGACAAUCCGGAGGUGAAUGCGGUCGCUGAUGAUUCCGAUAGUUCGGAUUGUGUGGAAGUACCUCUGGAUGAUGCGAGUGCACCGCCACCGCCUCCCUCCAUCAGCCGUAAGUCUCCGGGAUCGGAUGCAGUGCCGUCGCCUCCUCCGCCCCCGCAGGUACAGAAGCGAAGGCGCUCACCGACGCCUCCGCCCGCCCCGAAGACAUCAUCAACCUCCCGGAAACGAUCCGUCUCGCCGAUUCCGUCCAACGGAGCUGGUGAUGUGUUGUCCGUAGAAGAAACAAACAAACUGCGAGCGAAGCUUGGACUUCGGCCGCUAGAAGUUGGACCAUCGAAAUCCCAACCGGAACCAUCCUCGAGAAGGCGUCAACGAUCCCCUUCACCUCCGCCUCCACCGAAAGCGUCCUCUUCCUCUCGAAAGCGAUCAGUUUCCCCUAUCCCUGACAAUGGCGCUGGUGAUGUUCUGUCCGUUGACGGUACUAAUAAACUGCGGGCCAAAUUGGGACUUCGCCCGUUGGAAACGUCAUCCAAAAAGCGCACACGGUCGCCGACCCCGCCACCUCCACCCAAGGCAUCUUCUACUUCUACCAGCAAACGGUCCGCUUCACCCAUACCCGAAAAUGGUGCCGGUGAUGCAUUGUCAAUUGAAGAAACUAACAAAUUGCGAGCAAAAUUAGGUCUUCGACCUUUGGAGGUUGGUACUGGGAGCAAAUCGGCGGACAGUUCGAGUGCGAAAGGAAGCGAACAAGAAAACAACGAAAAGUUGAAAGAUGACUGGGGUGAAUUCUAUCACAAGCCGGCAAAGAACUUGUCGGAGAAAACGCAGGAAGAAAAGAUACGCGACAAGCUGAAGGAACGAAGAGAAAAGCGGGCGAUCGAGGAAAAACUGAAGCGUUUGAAGACGCUCGGUGAAGAAGACGAUGUAGACGAUCUGAAAAAUUGGGUUGCAAAGACGCGCGAUAAGGACCGGCUCAAGAAAGAGGCCGAAGAACGUGCCCGACUUUUGGACCAGAUGGAUGAAGAAUUAGUGUCUGGUGGUCCGGAUAUGGAUUCCUCCGGACGUGCGGGAUCUUCACGAAAACGUGCCACCAAUAAAGGGCCGUAUCGCGAUCGCGAUCUGGAAGGGCUUCGCGUAGAGCACGACGUGGAAGCGUUCAAAGAGGGACGGCAGGUCAUUCUAACACUGAAAGACGCUAACGUGCUGGACGAGGAAGCGGGCGACACACUCGUGAACGUUAAUAUGAUGGAUGACGAGCGGUACAAACGCAACGUCGAGAACCGUAAGGCAAAUCCGCAACACUACGGAUACGAUGUGUACUGUCAAGACGAUGUAGAUGAGUACGGUAUGCCGAAACAACGCGAAGUUCUUGGAAAGUACAACGAGGAAAUUGAAGGACAACGUAAAAGCAGCUUUGUCAUCGGCACGAACGCCGAACAGGAAGCACAAGAAAAGCGUCGCCUGCUGGAGAUCAAAACGAAGCUGGAGAAGAAAAAGCUCGAUUCGUUAGAGACAACACCACUGACGCUAGUGUCGGAUUACUUCACCGAAACGGAGCUGUCCUCGUUUAAAAAGCCCAAGAAGAAGGUUCGCAAAAUACGACAGAAGCUACGGGCGGAUGAUUUGCUCGCAUCGCUACCGGUCGAAGAAAGCAUGGCCGAUUUGGGAUCGCGCUCGAGACGAAACGAGCGAUCCGGUGCGCGGACCGUUACGACAGAAGAUCGUAAAAAUAUACGGGCCCGGGCAGCCGAAAUACUGGAUACGGAUGACACACCGACCAUACCAGAAGAUUUGAGCUCGGUAAAGCUAGAGGAUGCGGUAGAGGAUGAUGAAGAUUUGCAGGCGGCAUUGCAGAAAGCACGUCGUCUAAAACAGAAGGAGGCGAUCAUUUCGAAAGCCCUACCGAUUGAUCCGGAGCGGAUCAAGAGCGAGGUGAAAGAGGAGCCGGAUAGUGGCGGUGAGCUCGAUCAUCAUGGAGCAAUGUUACUCAAUUCGACGGCAGAGUUUUGCCGUACACUUGGUGACAUUCCAACGUACGGAACGGCCGGCAAUCGGGAGGAAGAUCCGAACGAAAUGAUGGACUUUGAGCGGGACAGUGCAAGCGACCGUGAUGGGAUGGAAUCGGAUCCGGAGGAGGGCCCGUCACGGCGACAUAAUCAUAGCUCACAGCACAGUGGCACCUGGAACUCGGUCAACACCGAACAGGAGCAAGAAGACAACCGUGAGCUAAAGGUGGAGGAGGUUGCAAUUCUGGAUGAGGAACCGGACGUUGCGCUCAGUGUCGCGGGAGCACUAAAGUUGGCCCAAUCGAAGGGUUACCUUGAGCGGGAGGAAAGUAAUCGCCCGAGCAAUGCGCGAUUCGCCCACUUGCAAGCUCAGAACUACUCCAUCGAGGACAAGAAUUAUGGGGAAGAGAACGACAAGUAUUCGAGGCGUGAUCGUUACGCCGGUCCUAUUACGGAGUUUAAGGAGAAGGAAACGUUCAAACCGAACGUAAAGCUCGAGUACAUCGACGACAACGGACAUCUGCUGACACCGAAGGAAGCGUUCCGCUAUCUGUCGCAUAAGUUCCACGGUAAAGGCCCGGGCAAGAAUAAAGUUGAGAAGCGGUUGAAGAAAAGCGAACAGGAGGGGCUGAUGAAAAAGAUGAGCUCCACAGACACACCACUCGGAACGCUCAACAUGCUGCAGGCAAAACAGAAGGAAACACAGUCACCUUUCAUUGUGCUGAGUGGAACCAAGCAGAACACAAGCAUCAUCAAACAGAAGCGCUAG